AUGCUUGAUCGUGCUUUAAAUAUACAGUCUACGGUAGUAUGGAAAUAUGUCUUGAGAUCUCACAUGCGGCUUUUUGAAGCUGCUGGCCCUGUUAUAAUUGGCGAUGAGUUCAAUCACGCUCUGAAAACACUGGCUCUUUUGCGAGAAAGCGACAACUGCGGCUGUAAGCAGGAGCUUGACUUUACGGUCGGAUGUGCCGUACGUCAUGUUGGUGCUCCUGCGGUGUUGGCAAUCAUUCCUUUGGACAUAGAUCCAAAUGCUGCUGUUCUUAGCACGGAGUUUUCUCGUUCUUGGUUAAUCCCCGUACUUCGAGUAAACUUGCACAAUGCACCGCUAGCUUAUUUCGCUUCCCAUAUUCUUCCUAUCGCCGUGAAGAUAUACAGAAGACUCCCAACACUGGAUCCUGUCCCGCAGCGAUUAUACACCACCCUACAGACCCAGUUGUGGGAGUUGCUUCCUUCGUUCUGUGAUUCUCCUUCGGAUCUUGAGAAAUCGUUCCCUCAGCUUGCUCCGGUUCUUGGAGCAGCUAUGAAUGAACGAGAUGAUCUUAAGCUCACAAUCCUUUCUGCUUUGAGAAGGGUAGUGAAAUUUGCAUUGCAGCCGGAUGCUCCAGAACGUACUGAGGUUGUUGGUGCAUAUGCAAAGAAUUUUAUGCCUUUGCUGUUCAACAUGUAUACCACAAAUGUGGAGACCAAAAUCGAUGAUAAAGGAUUGAAAGCAGCGGUGCUGGAUACGAUCCGCACUUACGCAGAGGUAGCUCCUAAAGAGCUGAUCGCUCAAUUUGUGGAUGCUGCAAUGACAAAAGCCAAAGAUGCAUCUGAAGACACUGUCAGGCAGGCGCGCAUACUGGAUAUUUUAUGCGCUCUUGCACGGACUGCGGACUCUUCUACGCUACAAAAGAUUGCGAGCACGAUUAAUCCAUGGUUCAGCGUGACAGAUACAACCGGGCUGCAAAAGAAGGCAUUCCGAAUCUUGGAGGAAAUUCUGACUAGGAGAGGGUCACCGGAGUUGGAUACUUUCUUUUCUUCUUGUUCAUCAGAUUUUGAGAAUGCAUUAUCACGCCCGGUCGGUAGCAUUCAGCCGCCCGCCAGGGCUGCUUUUUGUGCCUGUGUUACAUUGACAAUCAAUUCGUUCGAUGAUCUCAAAACACUUUCUGAGUUUUGCCUUCGCUCACUUGAUGCGAUUAUUCUAUCACUUGAUAAGGCUAACAGCACACAUACUCGUUCGAAUGCGAGCAAAUGUUUACAACACAUGCUCAACAAGCUUAUAGAAGUGGGAGGAGUGAACGAAAAGCAUCCGUCUGAAGUACUAGCUGACUUGUUAGCUCGCAUUUAUGAAAUGGCUACUCCGUCAGCCGAUGCUGACAAUGGAAGCGUGGACUUGGAUGUUGCGAGAUCGACACUUGUCGCUCUAAAUAUAGUCGCACAGAAACAGUUGAAGGUAAGAAAGAUAUUCGAAUGUUUCUAUUCUUCAUGA